AUGUUCCCCAUUAACCUUUUAUCAUUCCUCACUCUUUAUGCACUACUAGUCCGAGUUGAUGCUGGACGUGUGCACGUCGACAACAAGCCUCAGGUCCGCGUCACGACUUCAUUCACCAACUUUGACGCUCGAAUUAUGGACCAGUGGGGAGGUGGAGGAGGAGCAAUAUUCAUUGUCAGUUUCGAUGACCCGCUCCAUCCUUUCAUGGGUCGGCCAUACGGUGGCGGAAGUCGACACGACGUUCGGGGUACCAAUGCGUUUGGGAGCGGGUAUCCUUACGGCAAAAUGAAUGCAUCGAUAGUGUCCGGACGACCAUUUCCUUUUGGUGUUUGGCCAUUAUGGUGGGCCGACGACUUUAUGGGCUCAGGCGAAGUUGGCCCACAUGUCGAUGUUAUUCGACCCGGUGGACACGUUUCAAUCGUCGAGUUGAAACCGGAUAAACGACACUGGAGCGAGUCAAGCGACGAAACAUUCUUUGCGAUUGGAGAUUCACAAUCUCUUCUCUCAAUCCUCGUCUCUUAUGUAACGUGGUGUCACGCAUCGCGAGCAUGGCCCAUGCGAUUCGACCCAAGACUAUCAAAUGCGACGGUGAAGCUGGAGAAUGUACUGCGCUACUACCGCGCAAGCAGUUUCGCCCUCGCUAGUCCCUCCUACAGAAAUCCAUCUGCCCGAAAUGCUACAUCUCGUGGCACAACGUUGUUGCCUGGUCCUAUUCAGAGCUCUGGGUUCUGGCAGUGUCUGGACAGUGUCACUGCAAAUGCGCUGCCAAUCAUGAAUCCGCCACCGGAAAAGUAUGUGUACAGGCUUAACUAG